CUAUUUUAAGUGGAAAAUUGAGGCCAGACAGUUCUGUUUCGGCGAAGUAGAAAAGAAAAGAAGAAAAACACUCGAAUGAUGGCCGGAAUGAACGAUAGUAGCCAUAUGCAUGGGAUGGGAGCUAUGAACAACGGCACCGGAGGAGGGAUGUCGAUGAUGCCCCAUCGGCAUAUGAUGAUGCACAUGACUUUCUUCUGGGGCAAAAAUGCUGAGAUCCUCUUUUCGGGCUGGCCGGGACACGACAAUUUGGGCAUGUACGUCUUAGCCCUUGUGAUUGUUUUCGUUCUUACUGUGGUGGUUGAGUGGCUCUCCGCCUGCAAAUUCAUCAAAGAAAGUUCUAACAACGUCGCCGCCGGGCUGGUUCAGACUCUGAUGUACGGAAUCAGGAUUGGGCUGGCUUAUAUGGUGAUGUUGGCAGUGAUGAGUUUUAAUGCAGGGGUGUUUCUUGUGGCUGUUGCCGGUCACGCUUUAGGGUUUUUCUUUUUCGGGAGCAGGGCAUUUAAUCCGUCAUCCGGGACUGGCAAGACAUCCGAUCUUCCUCCCUUGAGUUGCUGAGGAUUUCAUGUUUUCGGAAGGAUGAGACGAGUGAGUGUGUGUGUGUGUUUUUUCAAGAAUAAUUAUUGUAAUCUUAAAAUUAAUGAUAUGA